GGGUCAACUGCAAGAUCUGUUCCCACCUUGCUGGCCGAAUAUAUGGUCGACAAGUGAUUUCUCACAGGGCACCCUGCCCAAUGCUCCAGUGACGUCUAGUCAUCUCAAUUGCAAUCGGGCUUCAUUCGAUAUACUACUCAUGUUUAAGGUUGUGGUGACUCCUAAACAUCUAUUGCAGAGACGAUGCCGGAGAUUGCAAGAUCCACAGCUCCGGAGGCGACUGGGUUGAAGGAGGACGAGGAGUCCUCUCCUCAAGCAAAGGCGGAGCCUUCUCCUCCGAACCGGGACGCGGAAUCGCUUCCAAAUCCCAAAGCGUCACGAAAGCGAACGAAAACUGGAUGUUUAACGUGUCGCAAACGUCGUAUAAAAUGUGGGGAGGAGAGGCCUACUUGCAAGAAUUGCAUCAAGUCCAAACGGUCUUGUGAAGGCUACAAUCCUCGAGUAAUUUUCAAAGAUCCAUUGAGUGCAAUACGGACACCAGGAAAUGCUUAUCAAAGUAACUCACUCAACCUUCCCCGGCUGGAUCGAUCUUCAACCUCGAGUUCAUCCAAUGCUGGUCAUUCUCGCGGUCAACCGACAACUGCUCCGACGAAUCCUCUUCCCGCAAUUGCUCCGCGGCCCGUCCCUCAGUACGAUCCGCAUCUCUCAACGUUCUCUUCCCUCGCAGCGCUUCAAAGUGCACCUGUAUCGUUUCCUGCGCCCACCCAUUCACGAAAUGACAGCAUUCCCGCCGUCCCAGAGAAUUUGCAGGCACAAACAUCGCCUUUUUUUCAUGCAAGAGCGCCGGCAGAAUUCCAACAGUUGGCCAGCCACAUGCCAUCGUCAUUCCUCUUAGGUCGAGACGCAAUAUAUCCUGCAGAGCCGUCAUCGGGGGAUUACACCGAGCUCGUUAGCCAAGCCCACCCGGCAUCUUUUUCACAAUUUGUGCCAGGGGUUGGAAAUUCACCCGGAAUCGAAACAGCAGUUGAGGUUGCCGGCAACCUUCAGGGUGCUUCGGUGGCAGAGUAUCAACCGUCACCAUCCUGGAGAACAGCAACGAGCCAUGAAGUCGAAGGUUCAGGGACUACUCAAUGGCCUUCAACGACUGAGGAGGCUUGGCAAUCUGGGCCCUCUCAAGUCAUCGGCACAGGAUCUCACAAUGCAGUUCCUUCAGUGCCGUUAGGGACACCACUCGACCAACAUUUGAAAAUGCCGCACAGCGGAGACCCCCCCAUCAAAGCAGAUUCCGCAGAUAUUGGCGGAUACUUCUUGGGGUAUAAAGAAGAAGAAAAGUAUUCGGAUAUUGAAACGGACGAUUUAGGCGAGGACGAUGUCAUGCAGACAGACAGCGAAGUUGCGGUAGAGGACCAAAAUACAGGUCUUAUUCGUGCGCUUCAUGCAACCCAGGAUGAAAAGCUGAUGCGUUCGUUCACCUCCUUUCUGAAUGAACCUAACAUUCUUUCCACCUACCGCCCGUCAAUGAUCGCAACGCCGCUGCUGGAUCCGAAAACGGCUAGAAUUUUUUGUCAUUUUAUUACGGCUACGGGCCCAAGCCUGUCCAUAUUCGAGAGACAUCCGAUGAAUCCAUCAGUGAUUCUCACUGGUGCACCAGUUCCCCAUGCUCAACAGAGCCUUUGGACCUAUGUUCUCCCUGUUAUGGCCCUCCAUCACCAAGCGCUUUUACAUGCUAUGCUCGCACUGGCAAGUUUACACAUUUCUCGGCUUCAAAACACGUCAUCUACGCCCUCCUUAAAGCAUUAUCACUAUGCAUUGCGCAGAGUGGGACGAUGCGUCGCGAGUCACUCUCAACGGCUGGAAAUUGCAACUCUGGCUGCAACAUUACUCCUUGGUUUUUAUGAGGUCAUGACAGCUGAACAUACAAAGUGGAAUAGCCACCUUUCGGGUGCGAAACAGCUCAUUGCGGAGCUAAAUCUAGCUGAAAAAUCUAAAAGACUGCGUGGAAUGAAGCGCGAAGCAGCAGCAACGAUUAAACAAGCGCAGGAUGCUUAUUUUGCCGGUGAUCCAACCUCACUGUCAAACCUUCACAUGAUGGGGCUUAACCCGCUCGCAAACGCUUUUCGGCCAGAGGAUGAUAUAGAUGAGAAGCUUAUUAGCAAGCUUAUGGGCCGACAGUUUCGUUAUGACUAUUAUGGACGCGUCAUAGACGGCGAGCUUGGAGGCGUCGCGGGUGCGCCUAAGCCGCCACUGAGUCCUCAAGAUAUUGAGAAUUUCAAGACCCAACAGGAUCUCUUUUGGUGGUAUUGCAAGCAAGAUGUCUAUCAAAGCGUGUUGAGCGGCAAUGCUCUACUACUGGACUACGACCGUUGGGCGGACUGUACUCCACGAGCCCCUAUCGGCAGGCUGAACGCUGUGUACGGCACUGUUGACCAUUUGGUUUUACUCUUAGGUCGCAUAGCCACCUUUGCAUGCAAUGACCUUCGGCGGAAAAGGAGGGUGAUAAAAGCGAACGGGGGUGUUUGGAGACCGCCAAAAAAAUUCCAAGCUGGGCCUACCAAUGCUGCGGCAACAAAUCAAAAUCCAUUACGCUCGCAGAACACUGCUCAGCAGAAUCCCAUGGAUUCUCAAGGGGCCGAGGACACGCAAUCCGUUAGAAAGAGGCCCUUGACUGGACCUAAUCCCUCUACUGCCCCUCCACAGGGAUUUCCAUCGGGCGCUUCCUCCGCUGGGCCAGGCGGACCCCCUCCGAUGGGAAUCAAAAUGCCAUCGAUGUAUGGAAUGGUACCUAGUGAGGGGCCUCCAGACAUGCCUAGUGCAUUUACAGCUACAACAUUAAAUCCUCGCACAUCCUCAUCGUCGUCCUCAUCAUCAACUACGCUACCACACGGAACUUCCACUACAGAUACAACCAGCAGUCUCCCAAAUAGCGGUGCUUCGAGCCGCCCGCACCACAUUUCUACAGUUGACGACAUCGAGCUAGAGGCGGCUACUGUAGAGGCGGAAGAGGAGUGGAGUCAAAUAAACGAUGCGAUAAACACUUUCGAAGAGUCUCUUGGAUCAGAAUAUCAACCUCUCUCACCCGAAUAUAUGCAACCUACAUCUACGCCUUUUGGCCCUGCGAUCUACUAUCGCACCUACUCGAUGGCAUGCAUGUGGGCUCUCUUCUACACUGCGCGCAUCAUUGCUGCGCGGGUUCAACCGAGCAUGCCACCCGCUGCCAUGGUAGCCGCUGGGAUCGCAGCUCGCGACACAGCCCAGCUCGCAAACCUCAUUGGCCGUAUUGCCGCCGGUAUACGGCCAACUCCACCCUCACAGCCUUUGAAUCCAUCGCUCGGCGCUGCGCUCGUCGAGAUCUCCCUUCCACUCUUCUUUGGUGGUAUUCAAUACAUCGAUCCCGCUCAACGAAAUUGGGUAAUUGCCCGACUCAUGGACGUCACACGCCGCACAGGCUGGAGAUCAUCGGCCGCCAUUGCCGCCGGCUGUGAAGCUGCAUGGGUACGAGCUGCCGAAGCCGGUCGUGGCCCGCCGUAUCACCGCCGAACUGAUCCCCUCAUGGACGAGACUCGAGUGGCCGCCAAUCGCGUGCCACAGAAUGCUGCCCAGUCUGAUCAUUCUGCCAGGUCCACUGGAGAUGAAGCGAAAGCUGGAGAUGUCCAUGCGCAAUUGAAUAAUCUUGACAGAAGAUUCGUCACAGUCAAUUCUCAGGCGAGAUUACAUUACGCUUUGGGUUUACUGUCAGUUGAAGAAGACAUUGCUCGGUUGGAUAUCAACUGAAUUUCCAACGUCCCGGGGUGCCAUUGCGAUGAUGGGAAGCUUCGAGCGUUGCCCGCAAAACAGCAGAACUUUUGUUAUAACACCACAUCAUUACCCCUCACGCCCUGCAUGAUCUCACCUCUUUUUAACAUAUCAUCUUUCUUGGAAAAAGCCUUGCCAUUUCUUGGAUAAACGCAAACGCAUCAUCAGCGGUAUUUCAGCGUUGCAAUUUCCCCCUUUCUUCGUAGGAAUAUACCAUUUGCAGCGGCAGAACCCUAUCAAUUGGCUUCCGUUUCAAU